AUGAGCACCAAAGUCGAUACCGGGUGCCGUGAACUUGCUCUGCCUCAGAAACUGGUCGAACAAUUACGUUUGAAGUAUCAAAAAACAGUCGCGGUUUCUUCGAGCACACAGAACAAUGUGCCCAUCAAAUGCUACGGUCCAGUUCUUAUAUACUGGGAAGGAAUUAUUCAUUCAGCUUUAGCAUAUUGCAUGCCAAAUCUGGACUCAGCAUUACCCAGGACGAUCGUUCCUGGAAGCAGUAUUCCGCUUAUUUCCGGCGAAAAUCCGCAAGAUAUUUAUAGUUUCCGCGCUGGAAACCACGAGAAAAGACUCGAAAUCCUACUAAAGGAACCGGUAACCGUAUCCGACUAUCGGUUAUGA